GCUGCUGCCCGCUGCCCCUGCCCGCGGCCGCUGCCCGCUGCCCCUGCCCGCUGCCGCUGCCCCUGCCCGCUGCCGCCCGCUCCGCGCCCAGCCCGGCUCGCCCCGAGCCGUGCCGCUGCGGGCCGGCGGCGCGGGGAUGGGCGCGGGGCUGUGAGUGCGGUGUGAGCCGUGGCCAUGGGGAACAUCUCCUCCAACAUCUCCGCCUUCCAGUCCCUGCACAUCGUCAUGCUGGGCCUGGACUCGGCGGGGAAGACCACGGUGCUCUACCGGCUGAAGUUCAACGAGUUUGUCAACACCGUGCCCACCAUCGGCUUCAACACGGAGAAGAUCCGGCUGAGCAACGGGACGGCCAAGGGCAUCAGCUGCCACUUUUGGGACGUGGGUGGUCAGGAGAAGCUGCGCCCGCUCUGGAAGUCCUACAGCCGCUGCACCGAUGGCAUCAUCUACGUGGUGGACUCAGUGGACGUGGACCGGCUGGAGGAGGCCAAAACAGAGCUGCACAAGGUGACCAAGUUCGCCGAGAACCAGGGCACCCCGCUGCUGGUCAUCGCCAACAAGCAGGACCUGCCCAAGUCCCUGCCGGUGGCCGAGAUCGAGAAGCAGCUGGCCCUCCACGAGCUGACCCCUUCCACCACCUACCACAUCCAGCCCGCCUGCGCCAUCAUCGGCGAGGGGCUCACGGAGGGCAUGGACAAGCUCUACGAGAUGAUCUUGAAGCGGAGGAAGUCCCUCAAGCAGAAGAAGAAGCGGUAGAAGCCCCGCAGAGGCGGGGAGGGAUGGGGGAGCAGACAAAGGAACCGAGGGGGAGAGAGAACCAAAGCGAUUCUUUUCGGUUUAAUUGUUAAUGGGUUUUUUUUGUUUCCUCUUUUUUUUUUUUUUUUUUCUCCUUCUUUCCAAAUGAAAAGACAAUAGUGGCGAUAACAAAGCCGCUCCUGCCAGCCAAGCCCGGAGCCCGGCUGCGGGCAGAGCCGGGCCCCCCUCGCCCCCUCACCGCGCCGGGCUGGGGGCAGCGCCGGGGCCGAGACACCCCCCCCCCCCUCCGUCCUUCGGGACCACCGAGCUUUUGUGUGCCGGGGGCGAACAGGGCAGGACCCUGUUGAAGUGCAUUUGAGAGAAGCCCAGCGUGCUUCUGGAUCUUUAACGUGUGCAUUUGGGGGUGGGUGGGGGGGGUAGCAGGGAUGCGGUGGGGAGGGGUGAUGCCGAGGGGUGGUGAAGGCAGCGCCCGGGCUUGGCAAGGUCAGCAGCGAGGGGCUUCCAGCUGCGCCCCGGUGCCUGCCUGCAUCCCUCCCCCGCGUUUGUUGGUGGGAAUGGGUGUUGAAAGUGGUGGGAAGGGGGGGCUUGGACCAGCACGAAAAGUCUGGGGAGGUAUGUGGGUGAUGGGUAAGAAGACACCCCACCACCCCCAGCUGGCAUUUUAAGGCACGGAUGGGUGCAGAGAAAGGGCAGGCAGCCUUCAGCUCAGGGCGGGUGUAGGGCUGCGGCUCCCGGGGUGCUUCACAGCUGCUGACUGGUGCUGGGCUUUAAGCUGUUUGCUUAAAAAAAAAAAAAAAGAAGAGGAAAAAAAAAAAAGAAAAAAGGCAAAGGUUUUGGGUGAAUGCGGCUGGAAGCAUCGGGGGGUUGUCCAGGAGUCCCCAAGGCUCAGCUGUGUCAUCUUCUGAAGCAAAGCCCCGCUCAGGUCUGUAUUGCGCCCGGGCAGAGGCACGCUCAGGGGGGCUGCUCUGCUCCAGCUGGGGUGAUCCAAACUCGGGGUUAGUUAAUCAAAACAAACAAAAAGCGGUCCUGGUCACCGCACUGCUCCGUGGUCGGUGCAGAGGUCAGGGCAGCGCUUGCUGAACGCAGGUCUGAGGGGGUCGUGACAGGGCAGGAUGGAGGCAGGGGUCAUGGCAGGGCAGGAUGGACACAGGGGUCAUGGCAGGGCGGGAUGCACGCACGGCUGCCGGCACUGCCCGCUGGGAUGGCCAGAGCUGGCGAAAUCUCUGCUGGUAAGGGACUCGGCGGUGCCGGGAAGAUGGCAGGGUGUGAAGAGACAUGGCGGGGGGAGGGUGGGGAAGAUAGGGGGAGUAUUAGUUUUUAUAAAGAUAUAAACCUGAUUCAAAGCAGAGAGCCCCUUGCUGCCCGCAGUAGCCAUGUGGGCUGCCUCUGCCUGCUGAGCGCCCGGGGCAGGGUCAGGCCUCGCCGCAUCCUUCUGCGAGUGAACGUUUUGGUACCUGUAUGGGACUGGGGACCAAAAGCCAUUUGCUGUUGGUGUUUUGGCCGGGGACGCAGCUCUCUGGAGGAAAAAACCAGGGUCUUGGCUUUCCACAGUGCCCACACAGCAGAAGCAGGCAGCCCUCGGGGGCCAAAUAUCCCGAGUUUUGAGCCAUGCAGUCUGGCAGGAUUUUCUGGUGAUUUUACACCAGCCUUCGUGUUCAAACCCCCCUUCCGAGAGCAGCCAAGGAGAAACCACCAAGCAGACAAAAGAAAAAUGCCCUUCGGGCUUCAGGGAGUUGAUUCUCCCCUUGCAGCGAUGAUGAGUGCAGCACCUUCCAAAUAGCGGUUCUUUUUGUUAGGAAACCGAUGUUGCAGCCAAGUAGUAUGUCUCUUCUUGCGGGAUUUGGGUUCCCAACGCAAGUCCUGACUUGAGCGCUGAGUGAGUGGGCUGGUCCCAUCAGUUCAGGUGGCUCUGUUCCCACUUCCUUGGGUUUUCUUUGCUUUGUCUUCACCUCCAACACUUUGGUACUUGGUGUCAAGAGAGGAAAAAAAAAAUUAUUUAUUUUUGAUGCUACAGAAGCCACAUGCAUUAACCCUUUUUGGGGAGCAACUGUUUUAGCGGCGAAAUACAAAGCUACUCUUUUUUUUCCCUACCAGCUCAAAAGUGAUCAGGUUUUAAAAACAACACGUGCAGGCUAUUAGUUGUGGGUUUUGCCUCCUUGCUGUCAAGACAUAGGUCUUGGUUUAGCAAAUGCUGGCAUGGAAAGCCUGGUGGCACGCUUUUAGGGAGCUUGGUUUUUCCUGGGAGUUUGUUACGUUCAGCUCAGCUGAGCAUCCUCUUGGAGGAAUGGCUGGUGUUCGACAGAGCACGUUAAGUGUGUGCUGAACUGGCAGCACACGCUUGAAGGUUCAGCUGAGCCAGGUGGGAUGCCGUGGCAGUGCCGUUCCCACCAACUCUGCUUUCUGCAAUAAUUAAAAAGACUUUUCCAAUUAGUA